AGAAACUCUACUCCGAAUGAUUGCAGCGCAGCCACGUAGCGCUCGAGCCAACUCCACUGCAUGCUCAAGCAAAUCGCUUUUUACAUCAAAGCGCAAAUGAUCGCACGCGCAACACCUCUCCUUUUGUGAAGGAAAGCCUUUAUUGUCCGGGGAGGGGAAAGGUAGCGGGUGUUUUGGGUUUUUGUGUGUGUGUGUGCGGGAAGCGGCGAUGCAGCAGGAGGAUGCGGGGCCGCGCUCCGGCGCUGAGGACUCUCCUGCUCCAGACACCGCGGCCAAACAAGCCGUUUCCGUGCUGCUGUCUUUCGGGAAGUGCCUCGGAGCACUGCUGCCCGUCUACCUGGCUGGAUAUUUCGGCUUCAGCCUGACUUUUGUCCUGCUCGGCCUCGCUGUGUACAUGGGAUGGCAGCAGCACCGUGAUAGAAAGCAGCACCGCCUGCACAGCGCUAUGUAUCUGCAGGAGAAUGAGCAAGAUUUCACCACAACACAAGUGUUCAAGAGCAAGCGGGAAUUGCCGGCAUGGGUGAAUUUUCCAGAUGUGGAGAAAGUUGAAUGGCUUAAUAAGAUCCUGAAGCAAGCCUGGCCUUUUGUGGGCCAAUAUUUAGAGAAGCUUCUGUUGGAGACGGUUGUACCCUCGAUCAGAUCUUCCAACGCUCAUCUUCAAACAUUUUGCUUCACCAAAAUUGACCUGGGUGACAAGCCUGUGAGGGUGGUUGGAGUGAAGGCCCACACUGAGCAUGAUAGACGUCAGGUGUUGCUGGACCUAUAUAUCAGCUAUGCUGGCAACGUGGAGAUCAAUGUGGAGGUGAAGAAGUACUUCUGCAAAGCUGGAGUGAAAGGAAUUCAGCUGCAUGGAAAGCUGAGGGUGAUCCUGGAGCCGUUGAUUGGAGAUGUUCCUCUUGUUGGAGCUAUCACAAUAUUCUUCAUCCAGAGACCUAUGCUGGAUAUCAACUGGACAGGACUCACCAACUUAUUGGACAUUCCAGGUCUGAAUGCCAUGUCGGACACUAUGGUAAUGGACGCUAUCGCCUCUUUCCUGGUGCUCCCCAACCGCCUCACUAUCCCUUUGGUGGCUGAUUUGCACGUAGCGCAGCUCCGCUCCCCUCUGCCACGGGGCAUCGUGCGGAUCCACUUGCUGGAAGCCGAGAACCUGGCCGCCAAGGAUAGCUACAUCAAGCGCGUGAUCACUGGCAAGUCGGACCCGUAUGCCGUAGUGAGGGUUGGCACGCAAACGUUCACGUCACGCCAUGUGGACAACAACCUCAACCCGCAGUGGAGGGAGAUGUAUGAGGUGAUAGUUCAUGAGGUCCCUGGCCAAGAACUGGAAGUGGAGAUAUUUGAUAAAGACCCUGAUCAGGAUGAUUUCCUAGGGAGGAUCAAGUUGGACUUGGGUAUUGUAAAGAAAGCACAAGUUUUGGAUGAGUGGUUCAAUCUGAAGGAUACACAAACUGGAAAGGUUCAUCUCAAGCUCGAGUGGCUUUCACUGCUGCCCUCUGCAGAGCGCCUUACUGAGGUCCUCCAGAAGAACCAAAACAUCACCACCUUUGGUAAGACGACUGAUCCUCCCUCUGCCGCCAUCUUGACCGUGUACCUGGAUCGGGCCCAGGAUCUUCCUCUGAAGAAAGGAAAUAGGGAUCCUAGUCCUUUGGUGCAGCUUUCUGUUCAGGAUACCACCAAAGAGAGCAGGACUUCUUAUGGCACCAGCAGCCCAGUGUGGGAGGAAGCCUUUACCUUUUUCAUCCAGGACCCUCGCAAACAGGACCUUGACAUUCAGGUGAAAGAUGAUGACAGGUCUCUGUCCCUGGGCAAUGUGUCCAUCCCUCUGUCUCGCCUGCUUUCUGUUGCUGAUCUCAGCAUGGACCAGUGGUUCCAGCUGGAGAACGCGGGCCCUGCCAGUCGCAUCUAUGUGAACGUCAUACUGAGGGUACUUUGGGUUAAUGAAGAGGCCAUUCCCACCUCACCUGUAUCCCCACUUCCCUCUGAUCCAUUCUCUGGAGGAGGAAAGGAAGGUUUCACCUCAGACGUGACAUCAGGAGGGACCACGAAGUUACCCACGCGUCCACAGCACACCAGCCCAGAUGCCAAUUUUGCCUCUGAGGGUGUUCUGAGGAUCCACCUGAAGGAGGCCCAGGCUCUCAUAGCUAAAGAUAGCUUCAUGGGCGGCAUGGUGAAGGGCAAAAGUGAUCCCUACGUAAAGAUCCGUGUUGGAGGGACGACCUUCAAGAGCCGCGUCAUAAAGGAGGACCUCAACCCAGUCUGGAACGAGCUUUACGAGGUGAUUCUCACGGCACUCCCAGGCCAGGAAGUGCAGUUUGAAUUGUAUGACAAAGACGUGGAUCAGGAUGACUUCCUCGGGAGGUUUAAGCUGAGUCUAAGUGGCCUCAUUAGCUCCCAGUUUACUGAUCAGUGGUACGACUUGAAUGAUGUGAAAUCAGGACGAGUUCAUGUGAUGCUGGAAUGGGUGCCAAGAGUUUCAGACCUGACCCGCCUUGAACAGAUUUUGCGCUACCAGGCUCAGCAGUCGUACGUGAAUAAAGCCGUGCCGGCUGCAGCCAUCGUCUUCGUGUAUGUAGAGCGAGCCUAUGGUCUUCCUUUAAAGAAGAAUGGACAUGAGCCAGUCGUGGGAGUUGAGCUGGUUCUCAAGAAUGUUUCCUCCAGGAGUAAACUUGCUGAGCGCUCUACAUCUCCACACUGGGAUGAAGCAUUCUGCUUUCUGGUCCAUGACCCCAGAGAGGAAAUGCUUACUGUCAGACUGUCUCACAGCUGGGGACAGCCUCUGGGUGCAGUGGUGCUGCCUGUAAAAGAUAUACUGAAGGAGCCAGGCUUGGUUCUGGAUCGGUGGCUUCCUCUGGAUGGGGCCCUGCCUGAAAGUGAGAUAUUGUUAAGGGCAGAGCUCAAGCUGCUUCACUCUAAGUUGGUGGAAGAUGAUGCUACUAGCGGCAUUGAAGAGGUGGAGCACAGCAUCCCCAGUGCUAAUAUAGAAGUUGCAGCCAAUCAGGAGCUCAGACACAGGACAGCUCCCGCCCAUGGAGGCGGAGAUGCUGGAGCUAGUGGGCGGGGCCAGGUGAAACUCACUAUUGGUUACUCGACUGAUGAGAACAGACUGGUCAUCACUGUCCAUGGCUGCAGAAAUUUGCCGUCAUGCUCCAAGGAUGGCUCAGAUCCCUAUGUGUCCUUCAUCCUCCAGCCUGACAAGAACAGAAGCACCAAAAGAAAGACGAGUGUCAAAAAGCGAGACCUCAAUCCUGAGUUCAGUGAGAGGUUUGAUUUCAUCCUUUCCCUGGAGGAGGCCACGAAGAGACGCCUUGACAUGUCCGUCAAAAACAGUGGUUCUUUCAUGAGCCGUGAGAAAGAGACCAUUGGCAGGCUGCAGUUAGAUCUGGAUCAGAUUGACCUGAAGGCAGGGGUGCCGCAGUGGUAUGAUUUAACAGAUGAGACCAAAUAAUCUGGCUUUUGUAUGCUUCUGUGACAAUCCCUUCGCACCUGUACGUCUGCAUCUGCAUGCUGCUAAUGUCAUUUUACGUGUAUAGCACAGUGCAGGGGGGCAAAUGAAGGAGAAAAUGUUAUGUCAUGUGAUUUACGCUCUGUACUUGCUAUAGUUUCCAGCAAUACCAAAUGCCUUUUGGACAGGCUGUAACUGUCAGUGCACGCCAGCAAAAUAACGUGCCAUUUUGACCCAAAGGGUAGAAAACAGUUUGAGUAUGAAUAAGUCUUGAUAGAAAAAAAAACACUUAACCAGAUAAAAGGACUGAAACACUGUUCCUCUAUGGUGAUCUUAAAUAAAGAGUUUCCUUGACGAGGUUUAUUAUUUUAGCAUCAAAGACACAUUCCCACAUGCUUUUUUUUUCAUAUUUUAGCAUAUUACAUAGCAUUACAUAAUGAUUUCUAAAAGCUUUAUUCCUUAAAAACGGGUAAAAGUGUAGUUAUUUAAAGAACCGUCAUAGAACAGUUUUCUGUAAGAGUCUCAUUACUGCUUCUUUAUACGCUGGAGAAGUGUCAUACACUGCAUCUUUAAACGAAUAUUAAUACCCCUCAGAUGCACUCUCAGAAAAAAAACAGAACUAAACAGUAUCUUCGGUUGUCACUCAAGGGUGUGCCCUCAUGGGUACCUCUCUGUACCUUUAAUAUGUAUCUUUCACAUGGAUACGUGGAUAUAGUGUACCUUUAAAAAUAAUUUAAGGUAUAUAAAUGGUUAUUAGAGUUUUAAAGAUGCACUACUUGCAACUUUCUAGGUAAAAGGUAUACACUAAAGGUAUAAAAAAAGAUGUACCCUUGACGUACCCACUCCAGUGACAAGGAAAGGUACAGUUUAGUACCGUUUCUUCUGAGAAUAUGUGUUCACUUUGCUUAGUUAUUGCUGGUUUAAUUGCCUUUGUGUUUGCAAAUUCUUUUGCCUUAAACAUAUUUGCUCACAGCAUGGGAAAUUUCUGUGCACUGUGCAUUGACUUCUGGAGUUUCUUCAUAUGUGUGUAUAUCCGAAGUGUUGAAGAGAUUGAGUUGUAUCUGUUUCAAUAUCAAAUGGUUUAUCAAAAAACAUAUCAGAAACAUAUCACUGUGCUUUUUCUAUCCAUUCCGAACAGAUUUGAGAUCAUCUUACGAGGACUAACUUUGUGGAAGUAUAUAUUAAGUUAUAUAUUUUUGUAGAAGUGACAAUUUAUCACAAAAUGUUUAGAAGAAAGUAUGUUAAGUAAAGGUUUCUUGGGAGGAGACCAGAGAAGAGUAAGCAGAUUUGCAGUCUGUUGAUGCUGUCACUGAAAAUCUGUAUCGCAGCUGUUCUAUUGUUGUUCUAUUAAAGAUACUCUUUGCACUUUAAA